AUGGGACCCAAAUACGAGCCUCGCUCCAAGAUUUAUGAUUUGGAUCCAAUAGAAGCCGAUGAUGAACUCGAUUUGGAAAUGAGCAGACUUUACGCGGAGCAUCGCAACGUGGCCAUGAACAAGUCUGAAAUUGAGCUUCACAAUUACUUACAAGACAAGGCAUCACAAAACAAGAAGGAAUACAAUGAGGUCAUCCUAGCGCUAUUGUACGGCGCUUUGACAGAGACAGAAAACGCACGCAUGUUCUUUCAAUCCAUAGCAUCUGUCAACCGAGACAAUUACUUUGCACUGAUACAGAAACUACAAGCCAUCUUGAUGUCUGCUAAAUUUCAGUAUCUGCGAUCUCCAGUGCGAGAUCAAGUAUUCUGGCUGAUCAGCGAAUUGACCCAUUUGGGAGUUCAGCAUGUCGAUAGUCUAUACAUGAUUUUGAUGCGACAGAUUCGAGGUGGAGAUAUCAGCCAGUUCAAUACGACACUGUGCGAUCACAUAUUGCGACUCUUUGAAUUGCAUAAAUCAUGGCUAGAGACUAACCCCAAAGUGAUACCCUUUGCAGUAUACACCUUUUUACGAGCCAUUGCAGAUCAUCGCACUUCACAAUUACAGCCAUUACAGCAGAAAGAGAUCCGAUUUGUACACAUGCUGAUGAGAGAAAAGUGGAUGCAUUGCGUGCCUAUCGGUAGAGACUUGGUACGUGUGCUAAAGGAUCUAUCCACGUUACCUGAAUUCGCGCAACUAUGGGAGGAUGUGGUGAACCAUCCACACAAAUUGUCGCCUAAAUUUGGAGGCGUGCAAGCCAUGCUCAACUCACCUACACCAAGAGACUUUUUAAAGUGUCGUCUGACACCUGAUAUUGAACACAAGUUGCUUUUCAUACUACAAAACCUUCGCAUCACUCAUUUUCAGAAAAACUUGAACUGGUUCACCCAGCGAUUCCUUAGCACACCUGAAUCCGAGCCAUUUUAUGUGGACGUUGUCAGAUACCUUGUCGCUGGAUGGUAUCCGUCAAACCAGAUUCUGCAGAGUGAUAUUGUGCCUCGUUAUGUGGUGAUUGGCAGCAUGAUUCGAUCCAUCAAAAGCAAUAGUGUGGCUGCCAAUGUCAGAACGGCAUUGAUCUUUGACUGGUUGUUCUUUAAGUCGAAUGAUAAUAUCAUGUUUAUAGAACCGGCUAUGCUACUGAUGGAGCGAUCUGCUGAACGCUAUGCGCAUAUAACAGCUAGCCUGAUGCAGUAUCUUAAGCGAUCUGUGGAUGAAUACUUUCCUCCCAUGAAGGAUUACAUGUCGCAGUGCGUUGCGUGUGGCAUGCGAGUCAUGCUAUCCAAGGGUGUUAUCCGUAGUCUACUGCCUAUCUACCGAUGUCCUGCAACAGAGCAAUUGACCCGAGACAACAUGCAAGCCUUGUUUUCCGAGUUCUUGGUGGAGGAUGUGCAUCAGCAAGCACAGGGCCCACCUUCUCUGCCAUCGUCUGUUACUAUGCAUGCCUCAACUCCAUUACCACCACCAUCAGCAGCAACCAUUACUACGCCAAAACCCGAGCCUAUGGAUGUGCCAUCAGAGCAAGAUGAGGGAGAGGUGGAAGAAGGGGAGCAACGCACCAUGGACACAGCAUCCAAGACAAUGAAAGAGGACGACGACGACGAUGCUUUUCUAUACGGUGAAUCAGAUGGCAGCAGUAAGCCACAACUUGUACAAGAAAAUCAAGACAUGGAGAUGAGCAAUGACAUGGAGACAACUGAGGCUCCUCUUAUUGCUGUCUCCACAUCAGAUACAGUGGACAGUGAAACGGACGAUACCCAGAUGGAAAAAGCAGCCAUGGCAGAUGCAGACGAAGAGCAAAUGGCAACAGACGAUGAUUACGAAGACGACGACGAAUCAGCAGAGGGACUACAGAGUAAUCAGUCGUACUGGAUCUUUGGUGAUUCGUUGAAGCGAUUCAAGGAGGCCUGUCAAGCUGUAAGAGCUGCGCAGAAAGAUGCAGACAUGGAUGAGUACAAUGUGCAGAUCUUGAUUGUAAAGAGAAGCCUCAAGGAGAUUUUGGCAGUAUUCUUGAGAAUGGCGAUACCCGCAGAAACAUUAGCUAUUACCGUGGGGCCAUCCAUCCGAAAUAUGGUGUUAUCCACUUUGCUCAACUGUACGGCAACCAUGGCAACAGCAACAGACGACGAGAGCAUAUUGGCAGACGCUAGCAAAGACGCAUUUGAUCUUGUCAUGUCUACCUUUUGGAAUGUGCGCACUGUGGAUGCAUCUCGGGACAAGCUUGUGCGUUUAAUUGGAUGCAUAGCUCACACAACCAAGAUGAAAGGAAAACGACACAUGAUAGGCAUGCGUUGGUGGGCAUUCAUAGCAGCACAAUUACAACACGACAUGGAUGAUACCGAGGUUUGGUUUUCAAGCAUGUUGAAAAACUAUGAAACCUACGUAUUGCAUGCUUACGCUAUGGAAGAAUCUGAAGUGGACCAAUCCAAGUACCUGAAAGAGUAUCUACGAGGUGAUCUGGAGAUGCUUGCGGAAUACAAUGUUCCUCUGUUUAAUACCGUUAUACCUCUUAUUUACCAAUAUCUACCCAAUGCAACCGUCGGCAAUUCUGAAUUACUAAGAAUCACACUACUUGUACUUUUACCGGAUGCUAUGGGCAAGAUCGUUUGCAGCUUACACUUUGGAAACAUGCGUAUCUUUGGUGAUACGAUGGAUACCCACUUUCUGGAAACGUCAUUGUCGUUACCAGCAUAUGAGACCAUGUAUUACUGGCAGUUGCUGGCGGCAGAAAUUCAGGGCAGUACUCGGCGUAUUGAGCAAUUCUUUCAACAAGAGCAAGUGGCUACUAUUCUCAAGACUCAAUUUAAACAAGAGCUGAUGCCAUCGCUCAUGUCUAUUCUCACAUCGACUCAGCCUUCCAACGACCUGAUUCACGCCAUGAUCCGCAUCGUGCCCACACACCAUAUGCUAACACAACCUCAAGCCCAGCUCGUAUUGACUUGUUUACAAUACUGGUCUAUUCAUGCAGCAGAAUCACUUGGAUCAUCGUUGAACGAGUUGACUCUGUGGUUUAUAGAUCAAGUCGAGUCAGAGACUAAUGAGUUGGAGGAUGCUACUACAUUCCUUUCACUACUAAUUCUAUGGUGGCAUCAAAAGUCUGUUUCAGAUACAUUCAAAAACAACAAACUACUGCUAUCAAAGGCUUACGCAUUGGGCAGUUUGGUUGGACACGAGUGUCCUAAAGAAUGGAAUCAAGAGUUGCCGAGAAAGAAGAAACGAUCCAUACUUGUUGAUUCAGAGGAAGAAGACGACGCUUAG